GGCGGUGUGGCUGUGGCUUUUUUGAAUUUUGUCCUGUUUGUUCGGAGGUCGGGUUUGUUGCGCCUCGGAUACCAUGUCGUUCCCGAAGGCUCCUAUCAAGCGUUUUAAUGACGCGCCGACUUGUGCCCCACCACCAGGCUCUUAUGAUGUCAAAUCUUCAGACUCCUCAAAAGGACCUGUGUCUUUUGACAAGUCCCAACGGUUCAGAAACAAGAUGGGGGAUGUAGUAACUCGGACGAAUCUCAUUGGUACAAAACCUUCACCAGCAACUGCAAGAAAACUACAGUCUCUUGACUCAAAACCAAACAGCUCAGAAAUGAAGGCUGAAAAGGAUUUGACCAUCAUGAAAGACAUCAGAACACGCAAGGAGCUUGAAAAAGAGAUUCGGGUGCUAAUUGCAGAACGUGGCCAGCAGGAUAAAAGGCUGCAAGCUCUGGAGGAAGAUCUUGCAAAGUUUGAAUCAAAGCUGUGUGCUGCAGUUAGGGAGAAAACCUCUCUUUUGGCAAACAUGGCUUCUCUGGAAAAACAGCUGCUGGAGUUGAGCAGAACCAAUGAAUUACUCAAAUUAAAGUUUUCUGAAGAUGGAACACAGAAGAAAACAAGUCUAUGGAUAGAGGUAACGAAGCUGAGGAAUCGUAGGUAUGCAAAGAAGAUGGGCCUUGUUAAACAGGAAGACAUAGAAACUAAACUGCAUGUAGUUCAAAGAAACUUGGAACAAUCUCAGGAAAAAGUUGCACAGCUGGAAGAACAACUGACAGCAACUGAGAGACAGGUUGAAGAGAAAUGUGACUUGGAGAAUCUUUUGGAAUACAUUGCAGAACUUGUCAAUGUUGCAGAACAAGUUGAUAAAUACAAGUUGGAUGUUGUCCAAUUGGAGACAACAAUAGAAGCCAAGAAUAAGGACAUUGACACACUGCAAAAUACUCAUCAACUGAAAGAAGCGACACUGUUUGCACAAACUGAAGAACUGCAUGAAAAGUGCAAGAUGCUUGAACAGCAAAAAGAAAAAUUCUUAAUUGAAUAUGGAGAAAAGGAGCAAACUCUGAAUGUGGAGAUAGAACUCCUUAAAGAAAAACUGAACAUAGAAGAACAGGGACAUCAAAAGCAGAAGGAAGCCUGUAAGGAGGUCUCUGCUGCUAUGCACCAGAAACUCUUUGAAUUCCAAGAAGAGGUGGCUAAAGAGAAACAACUUCUACAAAGAGAACUGAGAGAAACCAUGGAUGAGUUGGAGAAACUGCAUGCUAAAGAAAGCAACGCUGAGAUGCUGUUGAAAUGCUUGGAGCAAGUGAAUAAAUCUCAAAUUGAGGAGCUAGCACAGCUGGAAGCAAAACUGCAAGGGAAAAAUGCUGAGUUGGACAGAGUGGUUGAAUCACACAGCAGUACCAUUGUCAAGAUGCAAGAAGAGCAUAGCUAUACCCUGUGUAAGCUUGGAGAGACCAUUGCUGAAUUUGAAACUUACAAAGUUUUGGUGGCUGAAGAAAUUACACGCCUCGGACAAGAUAAAACUACCCUACAGGACAAAUUGCUUGAGACAAGCAAAACUGUUCAGCACAUGACUCAAGUGAUGAAAGAUGUACAGCAUGCUAAAGAGAAAGCAAAGGAAGAAUAUGCAAGGAUGCUCCUGGAUGCUCAGACAAAAGUAGCAUUGAAAGAUGCAGAAAUAAAAAUAAUAAAAGAGUUUAGUGUUGUGGAAAUUGCUAACCUGCAAGCAAGACUUGAAGAGCAAAGCGAAGAGUUCAAGAAACAACUUGAAACAGAAAGGAAAACCAUUGCACAAAAAGUUGAAGCUGAUUGUAGAGAGAACUUGGAAACCUGGCGUAUCCUGUAUGAAGAACUGCUUAAUAAAGUUAAACCUUUUCAGAAACAACUUGAUGCAUAUGAGGCAGAGAAGAAUGCCCUUUUGAAUGAGAAUGGUGCCGCCCAAGAAGAGCUGAACAAACUUAGUGAUGCAUAUGCAAAGCUGCUGGGACAUCAAAACCAGAAGCAGAAAAUCAAACAUGUAGUGAAACUGAAAGAUGAGAAUGCCCAACUAAAGCAGGAGGUAUCAAGGCUGCGCUCUCAACUAGCAAAGGAAAAGAAAAUUCAAGGAGAGCUCCAGGAGCAAAUGAAUGAAAUUCAAGGUGUUAAGCGAUUUGAUCCUUCUAAAGCAUUUCAGCAUUCCACUAAGGAAAAUGUUGAUCCAAAAACUCCGUUUAAAGAAAGUAACAGAAACAAAACCCAAUUGGAACUCUACUGACAAACAGAAGCAAAUUUACAUGUUGAAGAUUCAAGGAUUGUUUUAUGGUCAUAUGAUUCAGCUGGAUAGUGUCAUUAGACUUUUAUUUUUUAAAAAUCUCCUGAAAUUAAAGCAACUAUUAACUAUC